CUGCGCAUGCGUGGCGCGAGCGAGCCUUCCCUGGCGGUUGAGGGGACCCUGGUGGAGUUGAGGGGGCUUCAGUGGCCGCCCUCCGUCGGGGAUGGGCUGACGGCGGCUCCCCUCGCUCCGCCCCUCGGCCCCUGCCCCGCUGAUGGAGGAUGGAGAGAGCCAUGGAGCAGCUCAACCGCCUCACCCGCUCCCUCCGCCGCGCCCGCACCGUCGAGCUGCCCGAGGACAAUGAAACUGCUGUCUACACUUUAAUGCCAAUGGUAAUGGCUGACCAACAUAGAUCUGUUUCUGAGUUGCUAUCAAAUUCAAAGUUCAAUGUCAAUUAUGCAUUUGGACGUGUGAAAAGGAGCUUGCUUCAUAUUGCUGCUAACUGUGGAUCAGUUGAAUGUCUAGUUCUGCUGUUAAAGAAAGGUGCAAACCCCAACUAUCAAGACAUUUCAGGUUGCACUCCACUUCAUUUGGCUGCUAGAAAUGGCCAGAAGAAAUGCAUGAGCAAGUUACUAGAAUAUAGUGCCGAUGUCAACAUUUGCAAUAAUGAGGGGCUGACAGCAAUUCAUUGGCUUGCUGUUAAUGGCCGAACAGAAUUGCUUCAUGAUCUUGUACAACAUGUUACAAACGUAGAUGUUGAAGAUGCAAUGGGGCAGACAGCACUUCAUGUGGCAUGCCAAAAUGGUCACAAGACGACAGUUCAGUGUCUUUUAGACAGUGGUGCAGAUAUUAAUCGGCCUAAUGUUUCAGGAGCAACUCCACUCUACUUUGCUUGCAGCCAUGGCCAAAGAGACACCGCACAGAUCCUUUUGUUGAGAGGGGCCAAGUAUUUGCCAGACAAAAAUGGAGUUACUCCACUUGAUCUCUGUGUACAGGGUGGCUAUGGAGAAACUUGUGAAGUUCUAAUACAGCAUCAUCCUAGACUUUUCCAAACAAUUAUUCAAAUGACACAAAAUGAAGAUCUCAGAGAAAAUAUGUUACGGCAAGUCUUAGAACACUUGUCUCAGCAGAAUGAAAACCAAUACCUUAAAAUCUUGACGAGCCUUGCUGAGGUGGCCACAACAAAUGGCCAUAAACUACUCAGCUUGUCAAGUAAUUACGAAGCUCAAAUGAAGAGUCUAUUGAGGAUUGUGAGGAUUUUUUGUCAUGUCUUUCGCCUUGGCCCAUCCACACCCAGUAAUGGAAAUGAUAUGGGCUACAAUGGAAAUAAAACUCCAAGAAGUCAAGUGUUCAAGCCUCUGGAAUUGCUCUGGCACUCAUUAGAUGAAUGGUUAGCUCUAAUAUCAGUGGAACUGAUGAAUAAUAAAAGAAACUCAUCCAAUAUCACUUCCAUCUUACUGAAGCAGAAGGGACCAGAUCAGUAUGAGAGUACUCCUGCGCACAUCUUUAAUGUAGCUCCAUCUGAGAAGACCGGAACUCUGUCUCCAGAUGUAGCAGAGUCUAAAGUGUAUGAAGUUGGUAGCACACAAGAAGCAUACGGAGAUUGCCAGGAUGUUAUUUCAGUAACAGCAAACCGGCUCAGUGCAGUCAUUCAAGCUUUUUAUAUGUGUUGUUCCUGUCAGAUGCCUCAGGGAAUGACAUCUCCUCGCUUCAUAGAAUUUGUGUGCAAACACGACAAUGUUCUUAAAUGCUUUGUAAACCGAAAUCCAAAGAUUAUAUUUGAUCACUUCCACUUUCUUCUUGAAUGUCCUGAGCUCAUGUCCAGAUUCAUGCACAUCAUAAAAUCACAACCUUUCAAAGAUCGCUGUGAAUGGUUUUAUGAGCACUUGCAUUCUGGACAACUAGACUCAGACAUGGUUCAUAGGCCAGUCAAUGAAAAUGACAUUCUGUUGGUCCACAGAGAUUCUAUUUUUAGGAGCAGCUGUGAAGUUGUGUCUAAAGCAAAUUGUGCGAAGCUGAAACAGGGAAUUGCUGUGCGUUUCCAUGGCGAAGAAGGCAUGGGUCAAGGUGUGGUACGUGAAUGGUUUGAUAUACUGUCCAAUGAGAUAGUUAACCCAGAUUAUGCUCUCUUCACUCAGUCAGCUGACGGAACCACUUUCCAACCGAAUAGCAACUCCUCGGUAAAUCCUGAUCACUUGAAUUACUUUAGAUUUGCUGGGCAAAUCUUAGGUUUAGCCCUGAAUCACAGGCAACUGGUCAAUAUUUACUUUACAAGGUCAUUCUACAAGCAUAUUCUUGGCAUUCCUGUAAACUAUCAGGAUGUGGCAUCUAUUGAUCCAGAAUAUGGGAAGAACUUGCAGUGGAUUCUAGAUAAUGAUAUCAGUGACCUGGGGCUAGAGCUGACCUUCUCUGUUGAGACAGAUGUAUUUGGAGCGAUGGAAGAAGUGCCUUUGAAACCAGGGGGUGCAAGUAUACUUGUCACACAGGAAAACAAAGCGGAAUAUGUACAACUUGUUACUGAACUUCGAAUGACAAGAGCCAUUCAGCCACAGAUAAAUGCUUUUCUGCAAGGCUUCCAUAUGUUCAUUCCACCAUCUCUGAUACAACUAUUUGAUGAGUAUGAACUGGAACUGCUGCUUUCAGGCAUGCCGGAAAUUGAUGUGAGUGAUUGGACGAAAAAUACAGAAUACACAAGUGGUUAUGAAAAAGAUGACCCAGUUAUUCAGUGGUUUUGGGAAGUUGUAGAAGAAUUAACUCAGGAAGAACGGGUGUUGCUGUUACAGUUUGUCACAGGCAGUUCCAGAGUACCACAUGGUGGCUUUGCCCAUAUAAUGGGUGGUAGUGGAUUGCAAAAUUUUACAAUUGCUGCUGUGCCAUAUACACCGAACCUUCUGCCUACAUCAAGCACAUGCAUCAACAUGCUGAAGCUCCCUGAGUAUCCAAACAAAGAGACCCUUAAGGACAGGCUUCUUGUGGCAUUACAUUGUGGCAGCUAUGGUUAUACAAUGGCAUAAUGAAGACAGAUGAUGCCUCUGGUUACUGAUGUGCAAUUCAGAGCAGCAUAAGUAAUUUAGUAACCUGUCAAUAGAAGGGUGCUGAUGACUGGAAAACAGUCUUGAUUUUGCAAUCCACAGGUAGGGUUCAUUUCCACAAGUUGCAAAGGACACAACCAUUUCUUCUUCUCAUAUGUCAUCCUGAGUUUGAGACAUUGUUCCUUGGUACGAAUUAAAAGUACAUUGUUCCUGUUUCAUGGUAUGAAUUAAAAGUACAUUGCUUUAAAAUGAUAGUCCUGUAUUAAAAAUUGCAUUCAUCUGUCUCCCUCUUAUUAGAGGUCCCCCACUUUGAAAUAUGACUCUAAUUCCACUCCACUUGCCUUUCCACUCAAAGACCAUUUACUGCUAAUGAAGACUCCAGUCCAACACAAUGGAUCAUAUGAUGGGUCAAGGUUUUUCAGGACAUGACCACAAGGAACUUUGAAUGCUGCCUCUGAAUUGCUAGUUUGUUUGAUUUAUAUGUAUGUGAACUGCUUGUCCUAUGGCCUUGCCUAUAGACACAAUUAAACAGACUAUUAAUUAACCACUGUAAAUUAAUCCAGUCAUUUCCAUUGAAGAAAUGAGGCAAGUUGGGAAUUGAUGUGAGGUUGCAGCCAUGUAUCUUAUUGCAUGCAAUAAGUGGGGUUUAUUUAUUUAUUUUUCUCUCCAAGCCAUUGUAUAAAGUUUGAAAUAAGUAUACAAAAUGCCAGAUGUGAUGUAUUUUUCCCAUUUAAUUUUAACAGAAAAAUGACAAAAGAGUUUUUUAAAAGCUUUAUAGUAUUUUAAUAUCUGCCUAAACAUUUUAAAAAGUUUAUUCCUUAGUUGAAUACUGGGGAAAAAUAAGAUAAUUUGUAUUAUAAAUUUCAUAUGUGUGAUCUGUUCAAACACCACUGAAGUGUUUGUGACUUCACAGUCCUUCAAAGUUUGUAUAUAUUUUAGAGGAAUAAAUCCUUUUAUUUGGGAUAUA